AUGAAGGAUCUGGUCAAGGAAAGUGAUCCAGGACGCCAGAUGGAUGCGAUUUUGAAAAGUUUGCACUCUUAUGCAUCAAGUCCUGCUGAUCUCAAUGAGGAUGAUCUCGGGAAAAUUGAGGAGUUGGCGGAUCAUCUUGAAGACAUUCUUGGAUAUGCAGAGAUCACGAACCGGUUUGUUGGAAAAGGAGGCUUACUUGUCAUCGAAGCCUUUUUGCAUUAUCCAUCUGAUUGUGCUGCUGAACUAGAGUAUAUAGGAGAGUAUAUUCUUGACUUUGUGGAUGUUAAAGAUAUCCCACCAGAAACGCUGGAAGAUAUAAUUGCAUGCCUUAAGAGUAGAAAGGUG